AACCCCGCAACUCAACAACGCACCCGCCCAUUGGGCCACUCCCGCCCUCAAUAAGCCCGACAGUGAUUGGUCACUAUCUCCCCCGUGUCGUGUUCCCCCCGCUCCGUCCAGCUUCUCUGUUAGAGUCGAGGCGCCGUUCUGUGCGCGGCACCUGCCUUGUUAAAUCUCGACGGGGGAGCUGCGAGCUGCAGAGGGUCGGGCGGACGCCUCGCUGCCUUCGCCAGCACCGGGAGAGGAACCGGAACAGAAACUGCCCGGAACCCUCGCGGCUGGACGCGCUUCCUGUAGCGGCUGCUCCUCUCACCGACUUCUGCUUCCGGGUGGUGGCUGCGUCCUAAAGGAGGGUGACAGAGAGGGUAUGGGGCAUGGAAAUGAACACGGCCAUGGGCAUGGCAAAAUGGAACUCCCCGACUACAGGCAGUGGAAAGUAGAGGGCACUCCCCUAGAGAAGGUCCAGGAAAGGCUAGCUAAACGGGGUCUUAGGGAUCCGUGGGCUCGUAAUGAAGCCUGGAGAUACAUGGGUGGCUUUGCAAAACCUGCCACUUUAACAGAUGUCUUUACUAGAGGGCUCAAGUGGGGAUUUGCAGCUUUCAUCAUAGCUCUUGGCAUCGAAUAUACAUUGUUUCCUCCGAAGAAGAAUGGAGGCCAUCACUGAAGGUUAAAUGUACCUUAGUACAUACUCAUUAAUAAGCAGAAAUGUACGUAAGCCUGCUGCUCACUCUGUACCUACAUGCAUAUUAAAGUCUAUCACAAGCAA